AUGAAGAGAAAUUCUACACAAGUGGUUGGUGAAGUUAGCAACACUCAACAUUUGGAAUCAAAUCUCUUGGACUUGACUAAUGUGUUAAUUCAAAUGGUGGUGGGAAGUGGUCAACAAUUGAUGGUAUGUGGUAUUUUUGCAAUGACGGGCCAUUAUACGGAUAAGUGUCCCACACUUGGAAGUGAACCGGAAGAUGUGAAUGCAAUGGGCGGAUAUCAAGAUCAACCAAGACCCAUGGGAUUUCAAAACAAUUUCAACCCAAAUUGGAGGAAUAACCAAAACAACCCUUAUCCACCAAAGCAAAAUCCACCAAAUAUUUUGAUGAGACCCGAACAUCCACAAUACCCCUCUCAAAAACCUCCAUAUCCACACAAUUCUUAUAACCCUCCAAAUUAUCAACAACCUCCACAACAAGGCCAAUCAAGUGGUACCCAUCAAAUGAGCCUUCAAGAACUUGUCACUUCUCUUGCUCAAAGCCAAACCCAAUUUCAACAAGAAACCAAGAAUACUUUCUCCAACAUUCAAGCACAAAUUGGAGACUUGGCAACCGCUCUCAACAAGAUAGAACAAAGGGGUAAACUUCCAUCACAAACCGAGAAGAACCCCAAUGUGAGUGCAAUAACUUUAAGAAGUAGGAAAACACUCGGAGAAAGCAACCCUAAAAGAGUUUCAAGAGAAGAAGAAGAUGAAGUCAUCAUGGUUGAACCUUCAAAAGUUGUAGCUCCCCCAAAGGAACCGGUUGUGCCAAACGUUGAUCAACCCGACUCUUCCAACAAACCCAUCAAACCAUUGGUCAUACCACCUCCAUUCCCUUCCCGGUUAGCCUUUUCCAAGAAGAUAGAGGAAGAAAAUGAAUUAUUUGAAACUUUUCGAAAGGUCCAAAUCAACAUUCCACUAUUGAAUGCUAUUAAACAAAUUCCAAGUUAUGCAAAAUUUCUCAAGGAUUUAUGCACUAAGAAGAGAAAAUUCAAGGCAAAUGAAAAGAUUCAAGUCAAUGCAAAUGUGUCUGCGGUUAUCCAAAAGAAGUUACCUCCCAAAUGCAAGGAUCCGGGAAUAUUUGCUAUCCCUUAUACCAUUGGUGAUUUGCAUGUCAAAAGUGCCAUGUUAGAUCUUGGAGCCUCGAUCAAUAUGAUGCCAUAUUCGGUUUUUCAAUCUCUCAAUGUUGGACCUUUGGAAGAAACUGGAGUAAUCAUUCAAUUAGCAGACAAGUCAAGUGUGUCUCCAAGAGGAGUGUUAGAGGAUGUGUUAGUACAAGUUAAUCAACUUGUUUUUCCGGCGGAUUUUUAUGUCAUUGAUCUUGAAGAGAAGACUCCUUCCAAAUCAUCAAUGAUCCUCCUUGGAAUACCUUUCAUGCAUACCGCUCACACAAUCAUUGAUGUCCAUAAAGGAAAGAUAACUAUGGAGUUUGAUGGAGAAACCAUUCACUUCAACAUCUUUGAAGGAAUGAGCUACCCUAGUAACAUUUCUCCAUUGUAUCGGGUCGAUGUGAUUGAGCCAAUAAACAGGAUAAGCCCUAAUGUAUGCACAGACAAGAUAAUCAUGGAAGAUGAUUGUAAUCCUAAGAGGGAACCUCAAAGAAGAUUGGAUCCUCCAAUGAUGGAAGUGGUGAAGAAGAAGAUAAUUAAAAGGUUCAAAAGGUGCAAAGAGAAGAAAAAGGAAUUUCAUGACAAGCACAUAACCCAAAAACACUUUAUUCCGGGUCAAAAAGUUCUUCUUUAUCAUUCACGUUUAAAGCUAUUCCCGGAAAAUUGCGAUCUCGAUGGCAUGGACCUUUUAUUGUUAUAA